AUGCUUUCCAGAAGACGCCUGUCUAUACCAUUCGUAAUACGAAGCUGGAGCAGCUCAUUUCCUCCUGUUUCUAGCCACAUUCAUGAGGAUUUGAAACCCAUUAACGGGCAAGCAAUUGGUGCUCCAUCAACUAGCGAUGUAUCAGGUAAAACGAACAGUUUGCAAGGCUUAUUACUGAAACGAGCCACGAAUGAAACAUUUAAAGUGCAGCCAAAUCCUUACAAUAAGCACAUCGAUCCUAAAACCCCCGCAAGCCGAUUUUCGGCUCCUAUUCAAGCACAAGAAUAUGUGAAAGUUUUGAUGGAAUUAACAUUGCAAUCGAGACUGGACCCUGAUUUCAACAAAAUAAUAUUCACAGCAAAUGUGUUGACGCCAACGGAACUUUCAACCCUCGUUCAAGGUCUGUUGAUUUCAAGCCGUCUCGUUGAAAAACUGAUACACGUUGCUCCAGGGACCCGCGGAACUGAAGUCAUUUUCAACCUCUACCUCAUUUACAUUCAAACGGUGGGCGAUAGACGCUUAACACCGCUUCAAUUGAACGAUUUGAACCGGUUUGUGACUUUUUUCAUCGAAACAUCGCAACUGCGAAAAGCUCAGACCGUUCUCGAUUUCAUUUUGGCUUCUUACGACAAUCAAAUUCCUUCGGACGUUACCACAACCAUUCAUUACUUACAACUACGUUGCGGUGCUUUACCUGAAAAUUGGCCCGCGCAGCCAAAAGCUGGUAUGAUGCAUAAUUAUUCUUCGCGCUCAAAGUACAAGGCAUUUGACAGGAAAUUCGUCCCUGCGCUCAUUGGGCUACUCAACAGUCCAACGGGUGAAUGGUCAUUGAGAAUUAAUGAUUCUUUGGAAGCAGCUAUUGUAUAUUCAUUGGGAUUUAUGGGACAACUGCCUGUGCUUGAGAAGUACAUUAAUCAGCGGUGGGGUAUUUCAUUAAACAGCCCAAGGGAACCCAAAAUAGUUGAAACCCUUUCCACACCAUCUUCUGAGAUCCUUGUUUCAAUCUUGACAAGUUUUGGUCGAAACGGUCGAAUUGUUCCAGCUCUUGAACUAAUGGAUCUGUUCAUUGAAAAAUAUCCAGAGUUGAACCUCGACACACCAUUCUGGGAGCGCUUGUUUCAUCUAUGUACAAGUAUGUGGGAUGCUAAAAUAGAUCCUAUGGGUCAGUUAUCAAAUGGAUCGUGGGAAGUCAUGAAAGAAUGGCAUUACAAGCGCGGAACAAAAGUACGAGCAGAUUAUACAGUACUCAAGGACAGGCUUACAGUCCUACGAGCUACAAAUAAUUACAGAGGAGCCGCGGACGUCAUUACGCAAUGCUUUUCACAGCUCCACCAAGAGGAUUUGCAGUCUACCGAGAUGAUGGCAAUUGUACAAAAGUAUUUUAAGCUGGUACUGAAAAACCAAGCGGCAUCUGGAUGCUACCAUCAGUCGCUGCGACUUAUAAAAAAUGCAUCACCAAGCCAGGAACUGGCAAAAAGUUUCAGGGAGUAUUUCAAUUUGCACAGGCAGAAAUACGUUCAGAGGACGCAAAAGCGCAGCGAGGCUGCUCAACAAAAAAGUAAAGCAUUCGAUGAGGACGAGGAGGAAGAUAUGCUUCUCGGGAGGCUGUGGUAA